CCUUUCCGGAGAGGUUCGUCCGGUCCUACGCGCUUCCGGCUCGCGCCGGGCCUGCUUCCGGUGUCCGCCCUCCGGCUCCUCCCGCCGCCGCCGCCGCCGCGAUGCUGCUGCUGUGGCGGUCCCGCUGCCUGGGCCGGGCGCUGGGCCGCUCGCUGCGCGCCCUCCGGCAGGGCAACUGUACUCUGGCAAGAUGCUCUCUGUCUGGUGUGGCUGGGAGCCAGGGACUGGCUUACACCAACAGCAGGAAGCUUGUAGUAAAUAGCUCCAGUGUCUUCACUGUCCGUUACUUCAGAACCACUGCAGUACGUAGGGAUGACGUGAUUACAGUGAACACACCAGCCUUUGCAGAGUCAGUCACAGAAGGAGAUGUCAGGUGGGAGAAAGCUGUUGGAGACACAGUGGCGGAAGAUGAAGUGGUGUGUGAGAUUGAAACAGACAAGACAUCAGUGCAAGUUCCAGCCCCAGCAGCUGGUGUGAUUGAAGCCCUUUUGGUACCCGAUGGUGGCAAAGUGGAAGGGGGGACACCUCUGUUCAAACUCAGGAAAACUGGAGCUGCUCCUGCCAAGGCCAAACCAGCAGCAGCCCCUCCUCCUCCUGCAACCCCUGAACCUGUAGCUGCGGCUGCUCCUCCACCUGCUGCAGCACCAAUUCCCACUACAAUGCCACCAGUGCCGCCUGUGUCAACUCAACCCAUUGACAGCAAACCAGUGUCUGCAGUGAAGCCGGCUGCAGCCCCAGCGGCAGCUCCUCCUGGGGAGGCAGUGCCCAGCAAAGGUGCCAGAUCAGAGCAUAGGGUGAAAAUGAAUAGGAUGCGUCAACGUAUUGCUCAGCGGCUGAAAGAGGCUCAGAAUACCUGUGCCAUGCUGACCACUUUCAAUGAGAUCGAUAUGAGCAACAUCCGGGAGAUGAGAGCCAUACACAAGGAUCCCUUCCUGAAAAAGCACAACCUGAAGCUCGGUUUCAUGUCAGCUUUUGUGAAAGCUGCAGCCUUUGCUCUGCAGGACCAGCCUGUUGUGAAUGCAGUGAUUGAUGACACGACCAAAGAGAUUGUGUACAGGGACUACGUGGACAUCAGUGUCGCUGUGGCAACUCCCCGGGGUCUUGUGGUCCCGGUCGUUAGGAAUGUAGAAAACAUGAACUUUGCUGACAUAGAGCGUGCUAUCUACGAGCUGGGCGAGAAGGCACGGAAAAAUGAACUGGCCAUUGAAGACAUGGAUGGCGGCACUUUCACAAUCAGCAACGGAGGGGUUUUUGGGUCACUCUUUGGGACACCUAUCAUUAACCCACCCCAGUCUGCCAUCUUAGGCAUGCAUGCCAUUGUGGACAGGCCUGUGGCUGUGGGAGGCAAGGUCGAGGUGCGGCCCAUGAUGUAUGUGGCGCUGACGUAUGAUCACCGGCUGAUUGAUGGCAGAGAGGCAGUGACUUUCCUGCGCAAGAUCAAGGCAGCAGUGGAGGAUCCCCGCGUGCUGCUGCUCGACCUGUAGAGCAGCUGCACCCCCACACAACCCACCCCAGGCAGGGCCACAGUACCAGCAGGGGCAAUGCAGGGCAUUCAGGAACUGGCAGGGGUCAUUCCAGUCUCCCUCCCUCCGCGGUGAUCAGAGCUGUCCCAGAGGGAAUUGUGGGGAUAGCUCCUACCUCCUUUCCCGUUCUGUUUAAUGAAUGUUCAGUUUCUCAUGGGGAAUUGCUAUGCAGUGGGCCAAUCGCUGAAUGGCACUGCCUUUCCAGAGCCGUCUGUAUGGCAUCCUCUCCCUCACAGCACCAAACUCUCACCUCUAGCUUGUCCUAUACCACUGGAAAUUGCUUGCUGCUGCUGUGCUAGGGUAUCCUUCCCUGCCGCUCUGAGGCGGGUUCAGCUUUAUUUCCUAGCACUGAGGUUCCUGGGAGGGAGAGGAGAGGAAAGGCUACUGUUCUGUCCCUGUUUUGCCUGAAAUUAUUUCACACUCAUCUGCCUUGCAAGGGCAGCCUGAGGAAACCCAGGCCACUUGCAGCAGAGGUUUAGAUCAGAGCAGGGCUUGAGGUAGGUGUUGUGCCUCUGGCAGCGCCCUAGUUACACUCCCUCUACAGACAGGAAAGCAGCGGUGGCAGCUCCCCUGCUUUCCCCUGGAGACUGUUUCUCUCUCGCCAGCCUGGUCACUGUGGUGUGAAUUGAUGUCCAGGUGGGCAGAGCCCGUGACCAUGUGGAGGUAGCACUGUUCCUGGGGGGACAACCCUUUCACCAUCACAUGCCCAACACGGGGGUAAGAACCAACCCCCAGCAGCUCUCCUGGAAUCACAGUUCACUGAUGGUGGAUCCGACUACUGGCUUCCUGCGUGCGAGGGCUUGGCCUGUCCCCAGCAGACAGCUGGGGAGGGCCUGGUCUUCAAGUGUCAUGUAUAUCCCAGCCCAAGGCUGCUGGUUUUGGGGGGAGGGGGGCAGUCCUUAAUCUGAUAGCGCACACAUGUAUUGGGGAGUGAGGGGGUUGCUAGUGCCUGCAGAGUCUAUUACUCUUACCCUCUACACAGAACUUGUAACUAAAAUAUUUAACACAGCGGAUUUUAAAUGAAAUAAAACUGGGCAAUGACUGCGA